ACCAAAGACAAACACAUCUGUGCAGUCUUUACCACAGAACAUUGGAUCCACAAUAAAAAUAUCAAAACCUGCAUAACAAAACAGACUAUGCGUCAAGAAGCCAAUAAUUUUCCCAAAUCGGACCUCAUGCGGGCGGCAUGACAGGUCAUGUUACGUCCUCUUGCUGCCACCUAAAUUCUGACGUUUAAUGGGCUACACGUGAACACCUCGUAACUCUCUCUGUCCCAUGAAGCUCUGGCAGCCCUUCAAUCUCCUAUAUACAAGCCCAUCUGCACAAUACCUCCAGUAGUCAGAAAUCCACAAUGGCGUCCACAAAAUGGGUCCUCUUUAUCAUGGUCUCUGCAGUAAUUGCAGCCCAAGCCAGGGCAUGGAAGGCUAGUUGCGAAGAUCCUUACUACGGAAGCUGCUAUGGAAUUGCCCAUACCUGCCCCCCCGGCUGCCCCAGAAUUUGUGAAGUCGACUGCAAGCUCUGCAAGCCCAUCUGCGCCUGUGACAAACCAGGUGCAGUGUGCCAGGACCCACGAUUCAUAGGUGGGGACGGCAUAAUGUUCUAUUUCCACGGCAAAAAGGACCGAGACUUCUGCCUUGUCUCCGACCCGGGCCUGCACAUAAACGGGCACUUCAUAGGCAAGACCAAAACCGGCGGGCUGAAGCGCGACUUCACGUGGGUACAGUCCAUCGGUGUGCGAUUCGGGUCACACCAGCUUUACCUCGGGGCAAAGAAAGUCUCCAUCUGGAACAACACCCAGGACCAGCUCAUUCUCAUCUUGAACGGACAAACAGUCGUUCUGCCGAUCCGUAAGGGGGCCGGGUGGGAGGACCCAUUGAGCCGGGUGAAGAUCACACGGGUCCAGAAUGCUUAUAAUGCUGUGUUACUUCAGGUGGGUGAUAUUUUCAGCCUUACUGCUCGGGUUGUUCCUAUCACGGCUGAGGAGUCCAGAGUUCAUGGGUAUGAGAUUACUACGGAGGACUGUUUUGCUCACUUGGAGAUGAAUUUUAAGUUCUUUGAGCUCAGCCCACAAGUUACUGGUGUUUUGGGUCAGACUUAUUCUGCUGGUUAUAAGAGCCCCGUGAAGGUGGGCGUUGCAAUGCCUGUCAUGGGAGGGGAGGAUAAGUUUGCUGUUUCGCAUCUCUUUGAUACGAAUUGUAAGGUUGGGAGAUUUGGUGGGGAAUUGGAGUCUCGGCUUCAGGGAUCUGAGGGUUUUUCCCCCGGGGUGCGGUGCGCCAGUGGUAAUGGGGCCGGGCAAGGUAUUGUGUGCCGCCGGUAAAUGGGAAAUGGAAGAGGUGUGGGCUAUAAUAAAUGUAUUAUUAUUAUAUGUGGGGUUGUUGAAUCAAUGUUCGCAAAAUCUCUCUUGAAUGUAAUUACAAUGACUCCAAGUUAAUAUAUAUAUAUAUUAUCAGUCCUCCUAUUUGGAUCUAUAAAUCCAAAUUCAUGUAGUCCGAUUGGUAUGAUGUUUGAGCAGUUUUCUCAAUCUAUAUAAAUAUAGAGUUCAUCUUUUAGUGGGUU